CCGGCCGGGGCUCACUCGACGCGCGAGGGAGGAAGGAGCGGGGCCGCCAUUUUGUGGCUCCGUCCGUAGCGCCGCCCCGUCGAGGCGGGGGAAGAAGAAAAUGGAGAUCCCGUUCUACCACGACGACGUCCUGAGCGCUUUGGCGGCCACGGCCGGGGCAUCCCCGACCCCGGGAGGGAGCAGCAACACCGGCAACAGCCUCGUCGCAAGGCCUUUCCCCGACGGCAGGGCCAAAAAGGACGGCCCCGGAGCGGAGGCUGGGGUGGCGACGACCCCGGACCCUCUCCCCCCGACGGCCCCGGUGUCUGCUGCCUCGGGGUCGGGGGAUUCGGAGUCGUCGGAGGCCGUCGAGGGUCCGGAUUUGGCCCUCUUGAAGUUGUCCUCCCCGGACUUGGAGCGCCUCAUCGUCCACUCCAAUGGCUUGAUCCCUUCGACGGGGAACAGCAACGGAGGGAGCGCCUUCCCCUUCCCCAAAAACGGCCCCGACGAGCAGGAGUUCGCGGCCGGCUUCGUCAAGGCCUUGGAGCACCUCCAGCACCAGCUGGGCCCAGUCGGGGGUCCCCCGGCGCCUUCCUCGACGGAGCCGCCCCCGGUGUACGCCAACCUGAGCACCUACGGAGCCGCAGCGGGGGCAGGAGUCGCCGGGGGCCCCUUCCCGUCGAGGCUCCAGCAGCAGCAGCCCCCUUUGAAGGACGAGCCCCAGAUCGUCCCCGAAGUGGCCAGCUUCGGGGUCGGCGCCGUCGGAGGUGGAGCGGGCGUCGUCGCCGCGGAGAGCCCCCCGCUGUCCCCCAUCGACAUGGACACCCAGGAGCGGAUCAAGGCGGAGCGGAAGCGGCUGCGGAACCGGAUCGCGGCCUCCAAGUGCCGCCGUCGGAAGCUGGAGCGGAUCUCUCGGCUGGAGGAGAAGGUGAAGAGCCUCAAGAGCCAGAACACGGAGCUGGCCUCCACCGCCAACCUCCUCCGCGAACAGGUGGCCCAGCUCAAGCAGAAGGUGCUCAGCCACGUCAACAGCGGCUGCCAGCUCCUGCCCCACAGCCAGGGCCAGCCGCAGCCCCCGAGCCAGCCCCACCAGGUCCCGGCCUACUGAGCCCCCUUUGGACUGCCGGGAAGGAAGGGGGACUGGACGAGGAGGACGGGCCCCCAGGGAUGGGGGAGGAAGAGGCUGAGGAGGACCUGCCUGCCCCCUCCUCGGACUGCCAGGGGACUCAGACACACACACCCCCCCCAUAGGGAAGAAGAAGGGGUGGCCACGUGAUCUCCCAAAAGAGAACAAAGGGGGUGGCCCGGGAGGAUGCCCCCCCUUAGACUGCCAAGGGGACCCUGACCCCAAGGGACAGAGGAAGGGGUGGCCCCGGAGGAUGUGAUCUGCCCCUUGGACUGCAGACCCCCCCCAAAGGGGAGAGCAAGGGGGUGGCCAAGGAGGACAUGCUCUGCCCCCUUUAGACUGCCAGGGGCACCUUGGCUGGGAGGGGAAGGGGGUGGCCCAAGAGGACAUGCUCUGAAACGCUCUUUAGAGUCCUGUGGGAGGGAGCCUGCUCCCCAGGGCCAGAGCAAGAAGGGAAGCUGGAGCCCUCCUUAGACUGGCAAGGGGGCCUUGGCCUCAAGGGAAAAGGGCAGCCAAAGAAGACACCCUCUGCCCCCCCUUUAGACUGCAUGAGGGACCUUGAGCCCCAGGGAAGGGGAGACCCAUGAGGACACGUUCUGCCCCCCCCUGACUCCCUGGGAUAGCAAGAGGGGUGGUGGUCAAGGAAGACACAAUCUGCCCCUCCCCCUUGAGACUGCAAGGGGCACUCUGAUCCCCGGGGAAAAGGAAGGGGGCAGGUGGAGACCAUGCUGUGUUCCCCUUAGACUGUUAAGGGGGUCCUUCACCCCAGGGACAGAGCAAGAGGAGGGGGAAAGGGACUGCCCCUGUCCCCCUUAGACUGCCAGGGGAUCCCUGCCCCACAAAGACAGAGGAAGGGGAAGCUGGAGACCACUGCUGUGCCCCCCUUAGACUGCUAAGGGGACCCUGUUCCCCAGGGACAGAGCAAGAGGAAGAAGGGAGGCCAAAGAAAGCACAAUCUGCCCCCCUUAGAAAUCCAGGUGGGAGUCUCCACAUCAGGGACUGCACAAGAGGAAAGGGAAGGGGCAACGGCCAGCCCCCACCGCAGCCAUGGGGCAACAAAGGCCUUUCCCCAGAGUUGGGGGUCUUCCAGGACUCAGAAACCUCCCUCCAUGGGGCCUCUUUUGGAAGGAAUGGAAAGGAACUCUCCCCUGCAACCCAAACCAUGGAGCCUUUGGACUGGAAGGAGCCCUUUUGGGGUCAUAUUUUGGGGAGACUGGGGGGGCCCUCUGUGAGUGGCCCCAAUUCCCCCCCCCCAAUGCUUUGGAAACUGCUUUAUGAGACUUCUGCUGCCUGGACUUGGUUCCCUUUUGCCUUCCUCUUCCUCCUCCCCAGGAGACACUUCCUUUUCCUGCCCCCCCCCUAUUUAUGUUCUAUCAGAUUUUGCUUUUCUCUCUCCUUCCUUUUUUUUGCGGGGGGGGGUGUUGUUUGUGUUUUUCUUUCUCCCUUUGGUUUGGAUCCUGUCCUUCUUUCUCUGAUCACAUUCCAAGGUGCAGUAAAAAGAAAAAAGAAAACCCCUCCAGGAGUUGGCAAAA